AUGACUUCAGACGGCCUCUUUCGCCUGUGUGCUUUACUUGUUGUAUUUUGCUCCACAGUAUGGGCAGAAUGUCAAAGUUAUGGGGUUGACUAUUCUAAUGGUGGUUCGUAUGAAAUCGAUGCUUCCUCUAACCAAUACUUCUCUUUUGAGACUGUAUUCCAAGGUUGUGCACAGGAGAUCAUUUCACCUGUGCUGGUAGACCCAAAAGGCAAUCAUGGGAUUCCAUACUCCUCAAUGCCUUCGGGACAGUGGAAGAUCAUCCUAUCUGGCCAGCAAGUCGCCGUUCAACGUGUGAUAACACUGACAGCCGGCCUUCCAACUACAGUGACUGUAAUAGCGACUCCUACCGUUAUCGUAGGAGUAACAAGCACUCCUAAAGCAGUUACUGUCAUCAGGACCGUAACUCAGACUCAAACUUACAUCGUGGUUCCGCAAACAGUGACGAAAGGGUGCAAUGAUGGUACAACGAGAACGAUUACAAUCACGCCAACGCCUGCUACUGUCAUCCGUACAUCGACUGCUGUACGUACCAUCACCGAUGACACGGAGACCAGUACUUCGUUCACAAUCAUCACGUCAACUGCGGUUUGCCAUUUCCCCACAACAAAACCAUUCUUCCCUCCGGAUGUCAUUGCCACGCCACGACUACCUCAACCAACAAAUUGUGCAAAGCUAGGAUGCCGUCCCAAGUGGUCGCCGUCUGGAUCCAAUGGCUCAGGUGGUUGGGGUUGGGGAGUCGCAGGCGAGACAGCCGCCGCCGUUGCCCCUGCAGUUGCACCCAUGGAAACGCUUCCUGCUGCACAGAGAAAUCUUGCUGCCGUUGCAGCAAUCACUGUUACCUCCACAGAAACCACGUUUACAGUCACGCAAACGUUUAUAACAACAGUGCCAACGUCUACUACAACGGAGAAUGUGUACCGUACUGCCGUCACGACCAUAACCCCGCCACCGACGACGGAUAUUCGACUAGUCACAUUACCGGGACUGUUUGGGUCGGGUAAAAGCCCCGUCUUUGCAUAUUUUACGGAAACUGCGUACACUGUUAUCACCAACAAGGCUAGUGCUACCGCGUGCUGGAGGGCCGGAGGAUGGUUCGGCUAA